UCCUCCUCCUCCUCUGUGUACAUAGAAGGGAUCAGGUAGCUGGGAGCUCACACAGUCCUCAGUGCAGGAACAGAGCCCGGACCCCCAGGGGCCACUCUGUCUCAUCCACCGCUAAGGACAGGAGUUUUCUAAUCUCAGCAAUUCCCACAGGACUGAUCCCAGGAGAUCCCACAGGACUGAUCCCAGGAGAUCCCACAGGACUGAUCCCAUGGGGAUCUCACAGGACUGAUCCCAGGAGAACCCCAGAGACUUCUAGUCUCAGCAGACCCCAGAGGACUGAUCCCAGGAGAUCCCUCAGAACUGAUCUCAGGAGAUCCAUGGCAGAGGAGAUCCUUCGGAAUUGAUCUCAGGAGAUCCCUGGCAGAAGAGAUCCCUCAGAAUUGAUCUCAGAAAAUCCCUGGCAGAUGAGAUCCUUCAGAAUUGAUCUCAGAAGAUCCCUGGCAGAGGAGAUCCUUCAGAACUGAUCUCAGAAGAUCCCAGGCAGAGGAGAUCCCUCAAAAUUGAUCUCAGGAGAUCCUCGGCAGAGAAGAUCUCAUCCAGCAAGUUUCCCGACAAUUGGCGGAUCUCAGGAUCCUUCCGAUCCCCGGUUGAGUGUCUUGUGGGGAGUGUGGAUUUUUGGGGUCUUGGUGUUGGCUCGGACCACUGGAUGUGUUGUGCGUCGCCGGUGACCCGGAGGGCUCAGGGUGUCGGGGGCCGCGGCUGUGUCGUGUCGGAGUGAUUGCUAGCUCUUGGGACCAUGCUGCGCCUCCUGUUCCUCUUGGCCGGCGCCCUCUGCUCCGCCAGCAGCCCCACUCCGGCCCCGGACGGCCCCCCGGACACUUGUUCUUCAUGCGGGCUCCGGCCCCCGGAGGAGGAGGUGUCCCGGAUGGAUCAGGACUUUCUGGAGGCGGUGAAGAGACACAUCCUGACCCGGCUACAGAUGAGGGACCGGCCCAACAUCACCCACGCCGUGCCCAAGGCGGCCAUGGUGACUGCCCUGAGGAAGCUCCACUCCGGCCGGGUGAGGGAGGACGGGCGGCUGGAGAUCCCCAACCUGGACGGGCAAGCCAUGGCAAGCCCCGAGCUCCAGGAGAUGGGCACCUCCGAGAUCAUCAGCUUUGCAGAGACAGAUGACGCAACGGCAUCUCGAGUCCGACUCUCUUUUACCAUUUCGAACGAAGGCAAUCAGCACCUGUUCGUCUUCCAGUCCAAUCUGUGGCUUUACCUGAAGCUGCCCGAGGUCAUAGAGAAGGUGGGCAGGAGGAAAAUCCGUAUAAAACUCCACUUCCAAGACCCGAACAACCCUGCCAAGAUGGGCUUGGUGGAGAAGAAGGUGGACAUCCGAAGAAGCGGUUGGCACACGUUCCCCAUGACGGAAACCAUCCAUGCCCUCUUCGAAAAAGGAGACCGAAGAUUGACCAUUGAGGUCCAAUGCGAUGGCUGUGAGGAGUUGUCUGUUAGUCCAGUGUAUGUUGACCCGGGGGAAGAGUCCCAUCGGCCCUUUUUGGUUGUCCAUGCCCGAUUAGCCGACAACAAGCACCGGAUCAGGAAAAGAGGUCUGGAGUGCGAUGGCCGCACCAACCUUUGCUGUAGGCAGCAGUUUUAUAUUGACUUCAGACUUAUUGGGUGGAAUGACUGGAUCAUAGCGCCAUCUGGUUACUAUGGCAAUUACUGUGAGGGUAGCUGCCCAGCCUACUUGGCGGGAGUCCCAGGUUCGGCGUCAUCUUUUCAUACGGCGGUGGUCAAUCAGUACAGGAUGAGGGGGCUCAACCCCGGGACGGUGAACUCUUGCUGUAUUCCUACCAAACUGAGUACAAUGUCCAUGCUGUACUUUGACGAUGAGUACAACAUCGUAAAGAGGGACGUUCCGAAUAUGAUUGUGGAGGAAUGCGGGUGUGCAUGAUUACGAUGCCAGGACAAUCUCCACUUCCCCUAUACCUCUGACAAUGGGAUGCCAAGGCGCAGUAGCGUUUGGAGGGCAGAGAUUAUUUCACAAUUGCGCUUCAGUGCCAGUCUGUGGACGUCCAGCCUUCUUCUCAAGACAUACAGUAUGAGAACUGUCAGCGACCGCCACUCAUGGAGGACCCACAGAACGUUCCAGUGCCAGCAAGUCUCUGGAAAAAAAGGAACAAACAGGUUUCCACUGAACUUUGAGGAGUCCUAACUGUUACCAGGGUGGAAAAAAAAAUAUGCUGCGUUCCCAAAGUCCCACUGAGGAACCAACUGGUCCAAUGAGCGACGUGGCGGAUAUUCACCCAACGCUCUCACAGCACUUCCAGUGAGGAAUGUACAGUUACAUUGUAGCUGAAUGAAGGGAUUGGUCUAAACUUGGUCUCCCCGAAGUUAUUUCAAUGUUGUGCAGAGGACUGCAAGCCUAGAGACACUGCAAACCACAACAGACUUCUUGCCCGUGGCCUACAAGUCCACGGCGCAGCCUCAGGGCCCCCGUCCAAUGAGGCCUUCUACAUCUGCAAUCCUAGAGACACUGCAAACCACAACAGACUUCCUGCCCGUGGCCUACAAGUCCACGGCGCAGCCUCAGGGCCCCCGUCUGAUGAGGCCUUCUACAACUGCAAGCCUAGAGACACUGCAAACCACAACAGACUUUCUGCCCGUGGUCUACAAGUCCACGGUGCAGCCUCAGGGCCCCGUCUGAUGAGGCCUUCUACAACUGCAAGCCUAGAGACACUGCAAACCACAACAGACUUUCUGCUCGUGGCCUUCAAGUCCACGGCGCAGCCCCAAGGCCUCGUCCAAUGAGGCCUCCUACAACUGCAAGCUUGGAGACACCCCAAACCACAACAGACUUCCUGCCCGUGGCCUUCAAGUCCACGGUGCAGCCCCAAGGCCUCGUCCAAUGAGGCCUCCUACAACUGCAAGCUUGGAGACACCGCAAACCACAACAGACUUCCUGCCCGUGGCCUUCAAGUCCACGGUGCAGCACCAGGGCCUCGUCCAAUGAGGCCUCCUACAACUGCAAGCUUGGAGACACCGCAAACCACAACAGACUUCCUGCCCGUGGCCUUCAAGUCCACGGCGCAUCCCCAAGGCCUCGUCCAAUGAGGCCUCCUACAACUGCAAGCUUGGAGACACCGCAAACCACAACAGACUUUCUGCCCGUGGCCUUCAAGUCCACGGCGCAGCACCAGGGCCUUGUCCAAUGAGGCCUCCUACAACUGCAAGCUUGGAGACACCGCAAACCACAACAGACUCUUUGCUCGUGGCCUUCAAGUCCACGGCGCAGCCCCAAGGCCUCGUCCAAUGAGGCCUCCUACAUCUGCAAGCCUAGAGACACUGCAAACCACAACAGACUUCCUGCCCAUGGCCUACAAGUCCACGGCGCAGCCUCAGGGCCCCGUCUGAUGAGGCCUUCUAAAACUGCAAGCCUAGAGACACUGCAAACCACAACAGACCUUCUGCGCGUGGCCUACAAGUCCACGGCGCAGCCCCAAGGCCUCGUCCAAUGAGGCCUCCUACAACUGCAAGCUUGGAGACACCGCAAACCACAACAGACUUCCUGCCCGUGGCCUUCAAGUCCACGGCGCAGCCCCAAGGCCUCGUCCAAUGAGGCCCCCUACAACUGCAAGCUUGGAGACACCCCAAACCACAACAGACUUUCUGCCCGUGGCCUUCAAGUCCACGGUGCAUCCCCAAGGCCUCGUCCAAUGAGGCCUCCUACAACUGCAAGCUUGGAGACACCGCAAACCACAACAGACUUCCUGCCCGUGGCCUUCAAGUCCACGGUGCAUCCCCAAGGCCUUGUCCAAUGAGGCCUCCUACAACUUUUUUAUUUUUCUUUUAUACUAUGUGUACAAAUGCAACUGUGUUAUGAUAUGCAGAAUCUGUUGUCCUAGAGAGAAUCCGAAAUGUACAGGAAAUGAUGGAAUGGGAACAGAAAAAAGUACAGAUGAUAUAUAUAUAAAGCUAUAUAUAUAUAUUUAUAUAUUAUUUUUAUAACCCCCCCCUCUUUGAUAAUGUAAUGGCCUGGAAAAAAAAAUCUGCUGCAACUACAUCCUGCACUCAAGGACAGAGGCGGCUCUAGGCUUUGUAAGGCACAGGCAAAUUAGGCGGGCACGCGAGGCCCCUGUGAGUGCGAGGCCUUAGGCGGCCGCCUAAUUUGCCUAAUUAGAGAGCCGCCUCUGCUCAAGGAGUUAAGUCUCUGGGACGUACCCGUUAAAAGGAAGGGGGCGUGUGGAUAUAAGGCCGCGCCCCAUGCUCUGGGGAGGUGGGAGGGGCUUCCAUGAUACACAGCACUUGCAAACCGCUAGGUACUUAUUUCUGCAGCACUUGCACUUCUCACUGCCUUGAGGUACCUGACCAUGCACUUACCUUUCACUUACUGUUCAGAAGAACCCUGCCCUUUACCGCUUGGGGGGGGGUGGGGAGUAGGCUCCAGCAGAAAGGGGCUGAGGCAGCAGGUGCUAAAAACUUACUGUAACCUGUAAGGGGCGGUUCACUAAGGGAGUCGUUUUUAUGUCAGUUUUUGGUGAAUUUGUGUUUUGACUUAAAAUAUAUUCAGACCGGGGGAAGAUUUGAGUUUUUUUCCCCAAAUUUUGGAAAGUGGAAGUCCAUCCAAACCUUGGAUAGCAUGAGGAAGAAUUGCGACCUCCGUCGCGUUUUUAGCGCUACCUGUGUUCCCGUUGGGAAGAUUAUUCCUGCCCGAGUGACAGUUGUCACCCAGAUGAUCUCAACUUUGUCAGUUGUCAUGGAUUGGGGGAAUCGCCCAAAUGGGGGGGGGGGCGCCAUUCUACCGACAACUGUGGCAGAUGGGAUCUCUCCUCAGUUUGUACCGUAUGGUUCCUUGUGUGGUCACUGGGGCAGGAAGUGACUGAAAAUCUCAACAAAGUCCACAGGCAGCCAUAAAAACCCCAAGAGAUGCCCUAAUUCUUGCUCACUCUGUCCAGUCUGGUUGGAAGGGGGUGGGCAAGAGGGGAAGCCGCCCAGGGCACAGUGGUAGGGAAGGCGCUUCUUCACCACAUGCCUACCCCAGAUCAGAGGCUAGCGACCAACAGGGUUCAAAUCAGUGCUGGGACAAGGUUAUCUACAGCCCAGUUCGAACAUUACCCUCCUAUAAUAAUACUUAUAUACUGCCCUCCACACCCCCCCCCAAACACAAACCCCCCCCUCCUAGCAAAAAUCCCCCUUAUUUACCACUGAUAGCACCCCCCCCCUAAAUUUACACUUCUAUAAUAAUACUUAUCCUCUGCUGCCCUCCACAUCCCCCUCCAAACACAAACCCCCUCCCCUCCAAUCCCCUUGUGGCACCCCCCCCCACCUCACAUGAUGCCACAGUGCCCAGGGCAGCCUCCCCUCCUGCCCAGUCCUUGUCCCGGUCCCUGAUUCACAUCCAUAUCUACUCUUACAGCUACUGAUGCCACACAUUCUCCAUCCACCCGCCCACCCCCAACUGCCCCCAGUUGGCACAGAAAACACACCGGGCAUGCACCUACCUUCUAUUUGCUAGAAAGCAAGCAAUUGGCUUGUAGUAGACACUCCAUGGCAACCAAAGGGGGCUGAGAAUGGGCACAGGGUGGCACACCCAUUCUUCUGCAUGUUUUAGGAUCAUGGGGGGGGGGGGCAGUUCCGUAUCUUUGCCCUGGGUGUUGAACAAACCUGUCCCAGUACUGGCACAUAUGUGCGGGCAAAAAAAGCGUACAAACCCCCCCCCCCCGUGUAGGAGAUGGACGGGAAGGCAGGGAUCACAGGCUUCCAUAUCUUAGGAGGCAGAUGGUAGGGCUCCUCGCUCUGGGGGGCGGUUGCUUCUCCUUCCGGCCUAGCAGGAAACGGGUCCUGCUGGUUGCCCACCCGCUUGUGUGACAAUAGCGAAUGAAUAUUCACUAUUGGCUUCCCCAUUUUCCUCCCGGCCAAUCAGGAAGUGUGUCAGGAAGGACUCCCUGGCCAAUCAGGUCUCAGGACCCGCUUUCCGAUACGCCGGGAGGAGAAAUCGGGAAGCCAAUGGCGAAUAUUAAUUCCCUAUUGUCACACAAGUGGGCGGGCACCCUUUUUUACAGCCAAUUUGAGCCUCAGACUUAAAUAAAGCCCAUUAGAAUCCAUACUUCCGGUGCCCUGCAUGUAGAUUAGGGGGGGCCGGCGCCCCCCUGGGCUCCCCCGCAUGGACGCCACUGCAAAACAAAUAAUCAUUUUGUUCCAAAAGUAAGAAUGACUCCUUUACUAAACCACCCCGGAACUAUUCAGCUUUGGGGGGCGAUAGGACCCAGCUCUUUACUUUCUGAGGAUUUUGAAGCUGUUAAGGCAGCAAGGGAAGCAUUUUUCUAGUAAAUACAAUUUAUGACCAGCCAUGUUUCCUAAUGAGCAAGCUCUUGAGGGAUCCAAUGACAAACACGCAAACGGAAAGUCUAUUUUAUUCAACAGAAGGCGUAAUAAACGAAGCUGUGUCUAUGGAGAGCCCACCACCUAGAAGGCUGCACUCCAUAGACACAGCUGAAAAAUGAAAGUGUAUGGAAACCUAAAAUCUACGUUGGCAUCACGUCUUAGGCUGGGUUGGCACUUAGAGGGCGCGUUUCUGUGCGUUGCACAUAGGGCAAGACUGUUCGUUUCAAUUGGGCUGCCCUAAUUGUGAGAGAUGUGGAAAAAUAGGUUCCAGAUUCUUUUACGAAACGCGUCGCACACCAUUUUGCAAGCGUUCCUGACACAGGAAGCUCUGAAUCUAGCCUCACUGUAUAUACAUAUUACUUAAGCAAAUCAUUUUUUUUUGUGUGAAAUUGUUUUACAAAAUUUCUUCCCUUGGAAUCCUGCCAGUGACAGUCACUUCCUGUUGCGGGCCUACAACUCUAAGCGCAAAACAACGAAUUGAAAUGGUGGCGCAAACAAAUGCUAAUGCAUCAUCCAUGUUUUAAGAAAGGAGCCAAUAGGAGUUCUGAAACGCGU